GUCACUGAAGGUUUGUUUGCCGCUCUGCAUCUUUUGAACAAUGUCGGACUUCAACAUGAGGUGGGCUAGGGAGGAAGAUCUGGACGAAAUCUGUCGGAUGAGCACUGAGCUUGCUGUGUGUUUGAAUGAGUCAGAACUUGUGACAAUAACGCCAGAAAUUUUGAGACGAGAUCAGCAAUUAUACAAGAGUUUGGUAGCAGAGGGCCUGGGAUGUAAAGAUUCCCUCUCGAAGCCUUUGAUAGGCUUUGCUUUGUAUAUCUACAAGUUCAGCGCAUGGGAAGGACGAGUUGCUGUUUUAGACAACAUAUAUGUGGCACCAGGACACAGGAGUAGGGGCAUAGGGUCAAGCCUGCUGCAGAUGGUGAGACAGGAUGUAGCAGAACAUGGCUGUAGUGUGAUGGAACUGUUUGUUCACGAUUGGAACUCCAGGGCCAAAGAGUUUUAUGACGAAAGGGAUGCAGUUGAUCAAACCCUGAAAAAUAAGGUGCAUUUUUACAGGAUACCGAUAUCGAGUGAAGAAAAAAUCUCAAAAACAUAAAAAAUGUUCUAUAAUAUAUAGAGAUUUACACAUAAUUUUAAACGGUUGCAAUUUCUUUUAACUAUUAAAGUCUGUAAUGUGCAAAUAUGAUAUCAUGAACAGUGUCUAAUUUAAAAGUGAAAAUUCAAAGUAUUUAGUUUUGCAGCGCCUGACAGGAAGUUCAGGGUCACCAGUACAAUCAAGCUUAAUAUCAAAUAUACAUUACCUGUCAAGUGAUAUAAUUGAAUAACGUUACCGAAAAAAACCGACUAGUUUUUGUGCGAACUUCUACAUUGUAUAUUGACAAACUCGCUGAAUUAUUAU